GGGUGUGCACUGGCGGUGCUGGCUGAAGCGUUGGCCCACCUUCAGAUGCCCAAUGGCCUUACCCCUUUGUGGCUCUCCGCCCUCUGCCUCUGGCCUGUGAACUGCUCCUGGGUGAUAUGUCUGAGCUCGAUCCCUUAUCUGAGAGCAGGAAGCCCAAAGGUGACCCAGCUCCCUGCUGUGCUCUACCUUACAGAGAUUAAGGGGGCCCCCGAAUGUGUGCCUUGGAUGUCUGGCCAAUGUCAGGAAACACGUGCUGAAGCUCUAGAAGGAAGAAAGCCGCAGGAGAAAGCCGCUGGAGGAAGGCCGUAGGACAGACACAGUGUUCACGGUGUUCACUUUCCUUCCAUGGAACCCAGCUGUCUGCCCUUGGAAACAGAAUCACACCCUCCCCUGAGAGCUUCCUGAGGCUGAAAAGCAGCUGUAAAAGAGCUGGAGAGUGAAUCCAGGGUCACAUACAAGGAGCCUGUCCUCCUCCUCCUGCUCCCCUGGUGCGCUGGCUGGGAAAAUGAUCCCAUGGAAGAGACUCUGCUGGCAUUAUCACAUGUGGAUCCUGGGCUGUUACAUGGUGCUGGCCCUUGUGGCUUUGAAAGUGACUCUCCGGCUGAAGUGUGACUUCGAGCACCUGUAUUUGGACUCCAAGGAGUUUCCCGCUCAGUACUGUAGGAAUAUCUUGUACAGAUCCCUGAUGCUGCCAGCCCAGAGGUUCAUCAACUGUUCGGGGGUCAGCAGAGGGGACCACGAAGCAGUGAUCCAGGCUGUGCUGAAUAACCUGGAGGUCAAGAAAAAGCGGAAGCCUUUCUCUGAGGUGGACUACAUCUCUAUGACUCGAGACUGCGAGAAAUUCAAAGCCCAGCGGAGGUUCGUGCAGGUGGCCCUGAGCAAAGAGGAGUCAGACUUCCCCAUCGCGUACUCUAUGGUGGUUCAUGAGAAAAUCGAGAACUUUGAGAGGCUGCUGCGAGCUGUGUACAUGCCACAGAAUGUGUACUGUAUCCACGUGGACAAGAAAUCUCCAGAAAUGUUCCAAGAGGCAGUCAGGGCGAUCGCUUCCUGCUUCCCAAAUGUCUUCAUAGCCAGCAAGCUGGUUCCCGUGGUUUACGCCUCCUGGUCCAGGGUGCAGGCUGACCUGAACUGCAUGGAGGACUUGCUCCGGAGCCCAGUGCGGUGGACCUACUUGCUGAAUACCUGUGGGACAGACUUUCCCAUAAAGACCAACGCUGAGAUGGUCCGGGCCCUGAGGAUGUUGAACGGGAAGAACAGCAUGGAGUCAGAAAUCCCCAGCGAGUACAAAAAAACCCGAUGGAAAUAUCACUACGUGGUGAAGGACAAGUUGUACAUAACCAGCAAGAAGAAGGAGCCUCCCCCUUACAACGUAACCAUGUUCACCGGCAAUGCCUACAUUGUGGCUUCUCGGGACUUCGUCCAUCACGUCCUAAAUAACCCUAAAUCCCAGCAGCUGAUCGAAUGGGUGAAAGACACCUACAGUCCUGACGAACAUCUCUGGGCCACCCUCCAGCGGGCCCCCUGGAUGCCCGGUUCUUCGCCCUUGCAUGCCAAGUAUGACAUCUCGGACAUGACCGCCAUUGCCAGGCUGGUCAAGUGGCAGCAACAUGAGGGUGACAUCAGCCAGGGGGCACCUUAUGGACCUUGCUCUGGGGUCCACCGGCGGGCCAUCUGCAUUUAUGGGGCCGGGGACCUGCACUGGAUGCUGCAGAAUCACCAUCUGUUGGCCAACAAGUUUGACCCAAAGGUGGAUGAUAAUGUUCUUCAGUGCCUGGAAGAGUACCUGCGUCACAAGGCCAUUUAUGGGGUUGGGCUGUGAGGCGCAGGCUCGUGCAGACACGUAGAGCCCACUGGGACAUGUGGGUGGGCACCCCUGGGACAGCGGCUGCAGCUGCAGAGUGGGUGAGUGGUCACCUGCCCGCACUCCUGUUGCCCGGCAGCGGCUGGCCAGUGUCCUUGCCCUCUAACUCUGCCCUCCAUUGACUCUCUUGGUGACAGUGAGGACAGUUGCCACCUGGGAGUAGGAGGAGCAGAGGACUCUGGACGUCAGCUGAGAGCCUGGCCUGAGGUUUCCAGCUGCCAAUUCUGGACUUAGUGCUGAGGAGGGGCAGGUUUUAAAGGAAAUCAAAUGCCUUUCCUUUUCCACUGUUAACCCAAAAUAAAGUGCUCCUGUUCAGAACCUCA